AUAAUUUGUUCUAAGGAGAUGCGAUAAAUUGCGAACGACGACGAUCAUAAGUGACUUGAAAAUAUUUCUUUUCAAUUAAAAAAUACAAAGUAUCAAAAUGACGAGUUUACAAUCUUGCUGGUCUCCAUGCAUUUGGACGAAUAGUGUUAAAACAGGAUCCAAAGUUAUUGCAUAUUAUACAAUGGCAUUGAGCAUUGUAUUUAUUACUUUAAUAUGCUAUCAAAUGAAUGGUGGAGAUUCAACACAGUUGUACAAUCCUCUUUUUGAAGCAGAUGUCAGAGGAUCAUUGCAAGUUAUAGGAAGUAUUUUAAUAGCUUACUUCUUAUUUCUCAUCAUCUCUGCCAUUUUAAUGAUCCAUGGAAUCCGUGAAGGUGUACGAGGAUUUCUGCUACCAUGGUUGGUACUGUGGUUUAUCAUGAUCUCCUUCCUUCUCGUAUUUGGAUUAUGGCUAUUAGGAGGAUAUUAUAUUUAUUUGGAAUCUGUAUUUGCUACGCUAUGUAUUUGGCUUUGGAUGACAUAUAAUAUCUACUGUUGGUUGGUCGUCUAUUCCAUGUACAAAGUAUUCGAAGAACUACAAUCGCCUAAUAUUGAAUUACUUUGGCCAUAAAAGGUAUAUUGCAAUAAUGUAAUGGUAAAAAAGUGCUUUUAUCUGCAUACUCAACGCCAAAGUAAGCUGGAAUCCUUGACAUCAACAUUGUGUUCUUUUUUACUUCGUUAGUAUCUAGUUUUAAGUAUGGUCUUAUGAUCAAUUUCAUAAGUCUAACCAGUAUGCGAGAAUAAUCAAUGAAUCAUCAAUAAUUAUUAUAUUUAAGAUCUUGAAUAUCAAAGGUCUGAAAGUAGAUCUUUUCAAAUGUUAGAUUAGUUCUAAACUUUAAGAAAAAAGUCUGAUCCGUCCACAUUCCAUAGAUUUAAUAUAAUUAGUAUGACGACUCGUUAAGGAAAUAUGAAGGCACAUUAAAGUGACUGAUAGAAUAAAUGAGUUGAAUAAUAGAAAGUUGUUAGCGUAGCUAUUAAAAAAGUGUUUUAUACAAUUAUACAAGAAUAUGUACUUUUUUGUGCAACUACAAAGUUCUUACAUUUAUCAUAAGAAUUUUAGAAUAUCAACAUUACUAACAGUACAAGUGAAAUAUUUACAUAUUUAUAUAUAAUG